GUCUACUUAAAAUGUUAUGCAAUAAUUCGGUUCGAACAUAACGGCAUUUUAACUCAACAUAAGUUUGUUUGGAUGCGUGCUCACAACGCAUUAUUGCGCACAUAAGCGAUCAGUUGAAAAGAAGUCGUUGUGCUAAUAACUUCAAAAAUGGAAAGUGAUUUAUUGAAUAAUAUAAGCAAUGUAGAUUUCGAUAGUGAUGAUUCCAUUAUUGAUCCAAAUUUUAAUAUAAGUGGAUGUACUGCAGCAAGUUCCAGUUCCGAAAAUAAUGAUGAAAACUCUAUAAGUGUUGCAAAUAAAGUGGAAACAAAAAAAUAUUCAAAGAAAGAGGCAAAAGAUUCCAGGAAUAAAGGGCAAAGUUACACCUCAAGCGCUGGUAAGGUUGUUCAGGCACGUGCAGUGCGCAGGUUGGAACCGUGCAGAAAGAAAUGCGCAGAUAGAAUCACUUUUGAAGAACAGCAAUAUAUACACACACAGUACUGGGAACUAGGCUCAUACAAUUUACGCAAAACAUUUCUUGGUGGCUUAAUUGAAGUUGAAGAAACAAAAACAGUAAAAAAAGCUAAACAUGACUUAAAACCAAGGAUAAGACCUUAUACAAACAAUUAUUUCCUGGAAGUUGGUAGUAAUAAAAUCGCAGUAUGCAAAAAGUGCUUUACAUUCACAUUAUCCGAGACAGAACAAUCUAUAAAAACGGUUGUGAGUGCAAAACUUGAUGGGCGUGUAAUCGGCGAUGGACGUGGAAAACAUAAAUGCACUAAAAAACUUUCUAUCGCAAAAGAGAAUGAAAUUUUAGAUUUUAUUAAAAGCUUCCCAUCGUAUGAGUCGCAUUAUACUCGAAGGGACACAUCAAAACGUUAUUUGCCAAGUGAUUUAUCUGUGAAUGAAAUGCAUCGUCUCUAUUGUGAAAAAUACGCUUAUUCCGUUUCAAUUUCAAAAUUUUCGCAAUUGUUUAGCACACUCAACUUGAAAUUUAAAAAACCUAAAAUUGACACUUGUCAUAAGUGUGAUUUGCUCCAAUGCAAAAUACAAGUUGCUAAGCCCGAAGAAUUGGACUCUUUACAACUAGAGCAAUCUAAACAUGUAAAUUUAGCAGAAAAAGCUUAUGAUGCUAAACAAAAUGAUAAGCAGAGAGCUUUAGCUGAUGCUACACUUAAAGUGUUGUGUUUUGACCUACAGCAGUGUCUUCCUACACCAUUAUUAAGAACCUCACUUUCUUUUUACAAAAGGCCUUUGUGGGCUUUUAAUCUUACUAUGCAUGAUUGUGCGAGUAAUCAGGCCUCAUGCUACAUGUGGCAUGAAGCAAUAGCAAAAAGAGGGGGUAAUGAAAUAGGGAUUUUAGAGGAAAUCGCCAAUAUCUCAAAACUCAAUUUUAAGACUUAA